AUGCGAAUACGUUUGGGAUCGUUCGUCACAGCUCUUUUGCUGAUAAUGGAAACAACAAAUGCGGAAAUCGAAGGUUGUGAUUUCUUCGACACUGUGGAUCUUUCGUCAGCCCAGAAGCUCUCGACUGGUUCAUAUCUGUAUAAGGAUAUACGUAUUCCCAAAAAUUUGACGGGUGAAUAUGACUACAAACUUCUGGCAAACGGCACAAAGGAGAAGGUUACAGUCCAUACAAGAGGAUGUGUAUGCCAACUAAGUCCCUGCGUCAGGUUUUGCUGUCCUCCCAACCAGAUAAUGGAAAAUGGCGUGUGCCACGAUGACAUGACAAAGAAGGAGCUGGAUGAACUCGAUCCUUACCUGAACGUGACUCUCGACAACAAGUCGGUGGUCAGAAAGAACUUUAAGACCGACCUAAUCGUGCAGUCGGAUUGGCCCAUGGCCUGUGACCAUUUAUUCUACCUAGACAACAGGGAAAAAGAGGAUGAGUACACACUUUUCGAGAAUGGAACCAUGCUACGCCACUUUGACAACGUGUUCUUAAACAAGCGAGAAUACUGCCUCCAGCAUAUGAGGUUAGACGACGGCAGUAUUCGAAUUGCGCCCCACAUCUGCAUGGCUCCCAAAACUUCAAGAACAGGACAGACUCUGGUGAUGAUAAUAUCCAUGAUAUGUCUUGUUCUCACGAUCAGCAUGUACCUAUUUUUUAAAGAACUAAGGACCUUACUAGACAAGAGCUUCAUCUGCUACAUGAUCUGUCUCUUCAUGGUUUACUUUUUCCAACUUCUAGACUUGUGGGACUUAUCGCAGGGCUUUUGCAUGACAGCCGCUUUCAUGGGCUACUUUUUCGUCAUGGCCUCGUUCCUCUGGCUUUCUGUCAUCAGCCUGCACAUCUGGUUAAGGUUAGGCCACUACUACUUUGAGCACUGCUUCCCGGCUUACUCCUUAUACGCCUGGGGUAUGGCGUUGGUCUUGACCGAAGUUACUUUAAUAGCACAUACGAUCGUAGAAAACAAGGAUUGGAAUCCCCGUGUGGGCUUCGCAGACCGGUGCUGGAUCAAUACUAAAGAUUGGUCUGCCAUGAUCUACUUCUAUGGACCGAUUCUAAUAUUAGUUGCGUUCAACAUUAUUAUGUUUAUUCUGACGACUAUUCGUAUAAAUGAAAUAAAAAGGGAGUUAAAGUUAUUUUUGUCCCAUCAAGGAGACAUUCCAUCAAGGUACCGAAAGCUCAAAUCGACCAAAUCAAGUUUCAUAUUUUUUCUGUGGCUCUUUAUCAUGAUGGGACUGUCGUGGAGUUUGGAAAUAAUUUCCUAUUUGGUGGAUGACAACAAACUUUGGAGCCAAAUUUUACUGGUGGCCGAUUAUUUAAAUUGGUGCCAGGGUACGAUCAUAUUUAUACUUUUUAUUUUAAAUGCCAGCAAGCUUGAUCAUUUUAAAAAGCGGUAA